AUGAAUUUGGCCAAACCAGAUUUGAAAUGGUACAUUCAAUAGAAAGCCGCUCAGAAUGUAAAAGAGAGACUUUAUGGAUAUCCUAGUUAUUUAAAUUAGUUGUCUGUUCAAAAUUAGAUAAAGUAUAGCAUUCCAACAGAAUUUGUAGGAUGUAUAAAUGAUUAAGAUUAGAAGGAUGUUAUAAAGAUUCUUAAAUUUACACAUUUAAAAGUAUAUGAUUGGAUUAUAUAAAAAUAUAGUGGUUAGCCAAAAAUAAUAGUUUUGCUUUGGGUUAUAAUAAGAUUAAUAAUUAAAAGAGAUAAGGACAUUUGUCAAUAUUUGAUUUAAAUGAUUGGAAAUUGUUUUAUAAGAAAUUUUCGAAUGAUGAAGCAAUGGUGGGAAUUUUAAAUUAGGAGUAUUUAAAUAAAAUAUUUGGAUUGGGUAGUAAUGGAGGGAUUUAUACAAUAGAGAAAGGACAAGGAGGAUUGGAAUAGAGACCUGCAUUAGAGACUAAGAUUAUGUAAAUAACAGAGGGAGCAUUUUCCCCAAAUCAUUAUAAGAUAGCCUUUUCAAGUUAGGAUAAAUUAAUUUAUUUAUAUGAUGUAUAAUCAGAAUAGAAGGAGACAUUGAUUGGACAUGGUAAAGAAGUAUAUACAGUAUAAUGGAAUCCAGAAAAUAGUUUAAUAGUAAGUGGAGCAGAUGAUGAAACAAUUCGUCUUUGGGAUGCUUCAAGUAGAGAUGAAAUCUUAAAUUUAAAAAGACAUAAUUUGGGAGUGAAAAAAAUUAGAUGGAAUCGUAAUGGAACUUAUUUUGUUACGACAGGAAAAGAUAAAUAAACAAUGUUAUUUGAUAUUAGAAAAUUAGAUAUGGAGAUCUUCAAAUUACAUUAAAAUUAAGUAGAUACAAUAUUUUGGCAUCCAAAAUAUUAUAAUAUAUUUCUUACUGGUGAUGCUAAUGGAUCUAUAUCUUGUUAUAAUAUUAAUGCUCCAAUUGAACCUAUGUAUGUUUAACAUGUACCUGAAACCAUUGUUAGUGAUUUAGCUUUAGAUUAUAGUGGUUCAAUGAUGAGUGUGAUUAGAGCUAAAUAAGUAUAACCAGAUUAAAAAAUUAGUAUGGCUGAUCAAAUAUCAAUUUACAAGACUGCAUGA